AUUCUAAUUGAUUAGAAUUCAACGCAACCCAUGGCACAGGUUCAGCUACUCACUCCAUCAUCAUCAAUCAGUCACUCUCUCUCUCUCUCUCUUCUGUCCUCACUCAUUUGCAAGAAUCUUGAGAUGAGUUGAUGAUGACAGAGAUCACGAAUCUAAGCUCAGACCUUUUAGAGCUGAUCCUCUCCCUCCUCCCAAUCCCCACCCUAAUCAGAGUUUCCACAGUGUGCAAGCUAUGGCACUCCAUCAUCUCUUCCUCCUCCUUCUCCACGCUCUCCCACAACCCCAACCAACCCUGGUUCUUCCUCCAUGGCAUCCACAACAUCUCCUCCAAGAACAACCAAUCCUUUGCCUUUGACCCUUCCUCCAACACCUGGUUCCUCCUCCCAACACCCCAUCAACCCAACAACACCUCCUUCAUUGGAUCCAACUCCUUCCUCUUCAUCACUGCCCCCAAAUUCCUCUACACCCCCAUCCUCCAUCCCUCCUGGCACGCCACCCCUCCCCUCAACUUCCCCAGGACCAACCCCCUCCUUGCCUCCUUCCACACCCCCAGCAAUAAAAAUCACAACUUUACCCUCCCCCACUUCAUUGUUGUUGGUGGGGUUAGGUUCAUUGGGAACCUUGUUGACAUAGAGGACCGUUUGGAUGUUGAAAUCUAUGACCCUCUGUUGGGCUCAUGGGCCCUUGCCCCUCCUCUCCCUCCUGAUUUCAGAUCAGGAAACUCCUCCUCAUCCCUCUCCUCUGCCCUCUUCAGGGGGAAAUUCUAUGUCUUUGGGAUAUACUCUUGCUUUGUUUCAUCUUUUGACUUGCACCUGAGAGUUUGGAGUGAGGUCCACACCCUUAGGCCUCAUGGGGUUGUGUUCUCCUUCUUGGUGGCUUGUAGGAACCACCUUGUGCUUGCUGGGGUCUGCAACUUCCCACACGGGUCUUCCUCCUUUGCGCUGUGGAAGGUUGAUGAGGGCACCAUGGGGGUCACCCAGAUUGCUGUGAUGCCCCAUGAUUUGCUCUGUAGCAUGUUUGAUGGGGACGAGGAUGAUAAAUUUGCAAGCUUGAAGUGUGUUGGCAUGGGGGAUCUUGUGUAUGUUUUCAAUGAGGAUUACCACAUGAUGUACCCUGCUUGUGUGUGUGAGAUUGAUGGGGAGAGUGGGAGGUGUGUGUGGAGGAGAGUGCCCCCCUUGCCUUCAUUGAUGAACAGGUUUCACAAAGUUAUUAGCUUUUGUUCAACUGUUUCGCUGCAUAAUAUUCUGGGUGAGCGUCAACAACCUGCUCUUCAGUACUAGAAAUCAAAGGCAAUAUACACAAUCGCCAAAAGGUAAAAAGUUCAGUUUGAAGAAUCAUUUGCUGCAGACAGUUGUAUCUAGAUGCUGCUGUACCAAUGUUUGUGGAUCAUUCACUUCAGGCAAGAGCAGAAGCUGUCAUAAAGUAUGUAAUAUAUAAUAAUUGGGUUGUAUGUCUAGUUUAGCUGUCAAGAAACAUGGGUGUUGACAAUUUUUCCUAGUGAUAUUUGCAAACUAUAUUCGAUAUUAGUUUUUGUAAAUUUAGGUAAUAAUAAUUAUGUGAAUUAUUUAUUCUGAGUUGCAUUUUCAAGUACUAAAAGUUGGGAACGUAUGUAUUAAUCAUUUAACUUGCUACUAAAAGUAGUGAAAGUGGUACACCUUAUAACUGCAA